AGGAAGUACGCAGAUGCUCAGUGUUUGUGUUUGUGUUGGUUGUCAGGGCGACAGAGGGCCAAAGGGCACACCUGGGAGAGCGGGCACCAACGGGAAAGAUGGAGACAACGGACAGGACGGGCAGCAAGGGGUUCACGGGCCACCCGGGCCACAGGGUCCUUUGGGCUACAGAGGAGAACCAGGAUCACCGGGAGAGAAGGGAGACGAGGGCUUGAUAGGGUUUCAGGGACCAGGCGGAGAGGAUGGAGAGCCUGGGGAGAAAGGGCCACAGGGCAUCAGAGGAGUGGAGGGACCUCAGGGGCCAAUAGGAACAGAUGUGAGUGGCGAUGAACUGUAA